CGAUUAGGGUCCAACGGCCCCGGGCUCUCAACAGCAUGCAACCUUGUAGUCGGUCUCUCCGAUCUGUGGACUGAAUGUAUGUAUGGCGUGUCCAUGAAUAUCAGCCUUUGGUAGCGCUCUUCAUCUGUCUUGGCUACACUACGAAAACGAUCAACCUCUUUGUCGCCAGUUCAGCACGCUCCCUCGACGAUCACAGCCCGCCAUGGCCACCGUAACGCCGCCAGAUCCUCUACCCCCGGACAGCAAUGUUGGUCCUGUCCUGCUGGGAGUGUCGGCCACGCUGAUCGCACUCGUCAUCAUCACCACGAGUCUGCGCAUGUGGGUGCGGUUCUCGAUGCACACCCUGGGAUGGGAUGACUACACCAUGGUUGUGGUCACUGGGCUCGGUAUCGCGAGAUUUGCGAUCCAGGUUGCGCAGGUGAAGCUCGGCAAUGGCAGGCAUAGAUGGUACAUCCCCAAGGAGAAUUAUAUCAACAACAACAUGCUUGGGUGGGUUGCCCAGAUGCUUCUCUUCGCGAGCAUAUGUCUCCUCAAAGUAUCUAUCCUGCUCCUGUUGCUGCGAAUCAAGGACGCGAGGUGGUCAAGAUACACCUCGUGGGGUAUCAUGACAGGUUUGGUCAUCACCAACUUUGGUGCCAUUAUCAUUCUCCUCGCCGAGUGCGACCCCGUGAACGCAUACUGGACAGGCGUCGGGAAAUGCUGGGAUGCACGAAUCCGGAUCUACUGGAUUUACUUGACUAUCGCGUACUCUAUCGUUACUGAUAUCCUAUGCUCGCUGCUCCCUCUUCUUGUCAUUUGGAAUGUCCGGCUUCCAUUUAAAACCAAGUUGUCGGUCUGGGCCUUAAUGAGUCUGGGUCUAGUGGCUACUGGCUUUGGCGUCGCUCGUGCAGCAUCUCUGGGUAUCGUCACAUCUGAUUUGAGUUGGGUCUAUGCCAUUACCGCCAUCUGGUCCAACCUCGAACUAUACCUCGGAAUCGUGGGCGCGAAUCUCGCUCUAGGACGAUCUAUGUUUCUGUUUUUCUUCCGAGAUGGAAAGUCACAAAACGGAUCCUCCUACGUCGCGACUGGGUCCAAUGCAGCGUACAUUAACAGCGGAUAUCGCCUCGACAACACGAACAACACUACAACCUUUGUUCGAUCGAAUCGAGCACCAUCUCCAUCAAGGAGCGACAAUAGUGAUAUCCCUUUGGAGCCAGGUAUUCAAAAGAGAACUGAGAUAUGGGUGGGGGAAGAGACUAUAAAUCCGGAAAGCAAAAAGAGAAGUGUCUAGUCUAAGCUCACGUCUGUCUACAUUUUAGCGACACGAAAUGGAAGGGCCCAAUAUCCCGAAAUGAGUUACAUGAGGAUUAUACGUCACCAUUUUGUUGUUACUUCUUCUCAAUUAUGGGUCAUUGCUGUGGCUGUCUCGUCAUUCUUUACAAUAACCGUAGUCUCAACCGCCGUUGCAAUAUUUAUCCAAGACGGGCGAAUAUUUACUGUCCACGCUCGUUCUGAAAUACCUGGUUUGAUUAUCAAUGCCCCAAAACUCAGCAUCCAGGGAGAAGCCCUCUGUUAGCAAGAUAAUAAGCACCUUAUUUCUCC